CCCAGAAAUUCCUCUCAAACAUGCAAAAUUAAACUAAAAAUAAUAUGUUAGAAUAUUAUACAAACAAUGCCACACCACACUCGCAUUCAAAAUUUUCGAGCUUUGAUUGUUUUCACAUCUCUCUCUCUCUCUCUCUCUCUCUCUCUCUUUGCCCAAAGCUGUAAAACAGUACACACCUUUACACUUCCCCACCCACAUCACCAUAACCCUUCAUCUUGUAGUAAUGGAUUUCGCCGCUCUCGUUUCCCACCUCCACUUCUUUCCUUUUCUUUCUCACCUUCCUUUUUUCUGUGUCCUAGGCAACUCUCCUGAAUAAUUUCUACUCUCGCUCUCUCUUUCUUUCUAAUUAUUAUGGGUUAUCUCUCUUGCAAUGCAGAGUCUGCAAUAGCCACCUGCGAUCCCUACAACUGGGAUCGCAAGAGAAGGAAAAAUAAAACCAACGGAAACAAACCCAAUAAGCCCAUUAAGAUCAGGGAGUUCACUUACCCGGAACUAGUAAAAGCCACCAAUGGGUUCUCCGCGGAGAGCUUUCUUGGGAAAGGCAGCCAUGGCACUGUUUACAGAGGUUCCCUCGACGACGGCAGGCUUAUAGUUGCCGUUAAGAAAACCUAUCCAAACCCAUCUAUAACUAUCCACAGUAACUGCACCACUUGCACAACUCCUGCAGAGAACGAGAUUGAGAUACUCUCCAGAGUACAGCACCCGAGGCUCGUUAACCUCAUAGGCUUCUGCGUAGACUCGAAAGGCCGGAAAUUACUAGUUGUGGAGUACAUGCCAAAUGGUUCUUUAUACAGUCUUUUACACUAUAGCUCCAGGCCGCCCGGUUGGACCAGGCGUGUCCGGUUCGCUUUGCAAAUAGCCAAGGCGGUUCAAGCUUUGCACUUCGCGAAUCCGCCUGUGAUUCACAGAGACAUAAAAUCAUCAAAUGUGUUGAUCGACGAGAACUGGAACGCAAGGCUUGGAGAUUUCGGACUCGCAUUGAGAGGACAUGUGGAGGAUGUACGCAUCAAGUGCACGCCACCGGCAGGGACUUUAGGGUACAUCGACCCUGGCUAUCUCGCACCGGGCGAUUUAAGCACCAAGAGCGACGUGUUUAGCUUCGGGAUCUUGCUGCUGGAAGUGAUCAGUGGCAGAAAUGCAAUUGAUGUCAACUACAGCCCUCCAUCUAUAGGCGACUGGGCGGUUCCGUUGAUAAAGCGCGGAGAUUUCUCGGCUAUUUGCGACAAUAGAAUCGGGUCGCCCGUCGACCCGGGAGUGAUCAAGAAUCUGGCAAUUCUGGCGGCAAGGUGUGUGAGAUCCACGGCGGAGAAGCGUCCCGGAAUGGCAGAGAUAGUUGAGGGAUUGAAAAUUGUGAGCAAGAGAGUUCACGCGCAGCACAUAUGGAAUCGUUUGAGGAGGCGCGUGGGAAUGGUGGAAGAAUCGCGGACAUUGGAGGCGGUGAUUGAUUCAAAUGAAGAGGUUGUUAUCGCUAACAAGACGAUUAGAGGAGGAAGCAGAAGAAACAGGAAAGUAUCGAGUGUUUCAAGUGUAGGGUAUGAAAAUGAAACGAUUGGGUGGAUGGGGGAGCGGGUAAUUAGAUCAAAAUCGAUAGGUUCAUUCGGGGAGAUUAAAAUGGGUGGGUCAGAUUCAAGGAGAAAAGCAGGAGUGGCAGUGAAAAUCCCAGUAGUGAAGCUGAGCAAGUCAAGGUCCAUGGGAGUACUGCAUAGUCCACAGCUUCUACGCUACAACAACAACAGAGGAUUUGGCCUUGAAAUGGAGAGUACUGUGCUAGAUUCCAGAGAAGUUGAGGCCUCUAUGUCAAAGCUGUUGAUUGGGUUGGACGAGAAGUCUGAGAGAGAGAUGCAAGAGAAGCCAUUGGUUUCCAUUAUCUAGAUAUGUGUCGGAUUUGUUGUGAGUUGAUGAAUUUUGAGAGUUCGAUCCAGAUGGGUUUUGUUUGUUGGGAUUCAUCAACCUGCAACAGAAACUGAUCAACUCUAUAGGGGACUGAUCAAUCAAGAAAUUUUUUUUUUUUUUUGCAUUAAAUUUGUUUGAAGUUUGUAAUUCUCAGCAUGUCGUCAAACUUUUAUAAAGUUUUCAGAAGUUGAGUCAGUAAUUAGGAUUUAGAAACUUGCUAAUGAAUAAUGAUUAUUGCCGAUACAAAA